AUGGCGGGCUCGGACCGAUGGCAAUCAGAAAAUCUUGUCGAUGGCCCAGGCCUGGGGAAGGAGCAGGCCAAGGGGCUGCUGCAAGAGGGCGCCAGGAAGCCGCCGGGCUGCACGUGGCAGAUGGCUUCCGGAAAAGCCUUGAGCCUCUUCACGUGUGGUUUUUGGAACUUGCCCGAUGAAGCUCUGGAAGCACUUGUGGGUCAGCUGUUGAACAGCGAAGAGAUCGCAAGCCCAGGGUUGAGGCAGUGGGCCACCUUCAACGAGACUGAGGCCGGCGUCACCGCAGUGAUGCCAUGCGAGAGUAAGCCCAAGGAUGCCAAGGAUCCUAAGGCGAAGGGCAAGUCGGAGAUGAGCGAGAAGACUGACAGGACCGGUGGCAGCCAAAUCGACAUGCAGCCCAUGCGUACCUUUGCAACCUCCAGGUUCAGCGUGGACCUAGUGACCUUGGAAGCAAACACCUCAUGCGAAACAGGCGUAAACGUCGCACGUUUCCUUCCGCAAGAAGAGCUGCCCAACACACGGGCUGCGGGGAUGAAGCCUUUGUCGCGUCUGCCUGACUGGCGUGGCCACCUGGUCAGCCCCAACUACUUCCGCAUGAUCAAUGCCAGUCUGCACGUGGUAGUGCUGUUGGCCUCGGCCUUCUAUGCCCUUGACCUGGUGACCAAUAAGUAUCCUUUGGCCAUCCCUAUGUUCAGUUGGCCCAUUUUCUUUGCGCGCCUGGGGGGCAUGGCCACAGCAAUCUGGUCCGCCCUCCUUUUCCUCUCCAUGUCUCGCGGCCUGCUCACGGUGUGUUCAAGGCAAGAAUGCAAGUUCUUUGCGUGCCGGAGGGCUUCGUUUUAG